CAGUUUCACUUUUUAUUUACUAACCGGUCAGGAAUACGGACGGAUACCUGUAUGCAACAGAUAUAUCUACUGAGUUUGGUUGGUGCUCUCGCAGCACUAGCAGUCGUCGUUCAUGCACAGACCACGCCCCUCUUCCCAGUUGCGUGUGAGCUCAACGUGCUCAUAGUUCUCGACAGGUCCGACUCGGUGAAGGGUGGCUUCAAUAAGAGUCGGAAGUUUGUGACAGAUGUCUCAGAAGAGCUUCAGAUCGGUCCGGAGAAGCAUCGAGUCGCCCUGAUUGUCUAUUCGGGGCUCAGUUAUCGGCGGGAGGUGAUGCCGUGGAACUUUGCAAAGUCGAACGAGGAGUUUGUGAGGAAGGUGAACGCGUUGAGAGCCAUCGGAGGAACGACGAAUACUAAGAAGGCGCUGGAAGUUGGCCUCGAAUUGAUGGCCCAGAGGAAUGUGUCGAUUCCGACGCUUGUUAUGGUUGUGACCGAUGGACGGUCGGCCGACGAUCCGAAGGGACCUGGGCAGAUUCUUCAGGCACAGCCGAACACAUGGGUAUUUGCUGCGGCGACCGGGGAUCCGGAGAAAGUUGACACCCGAGAACUCAUGGACAUUACUGGAAACAUCAACCAUAUUGUCAUGCACAGAGGACGAGAUUUGGCUACAGACAUUACUAGAAGACUUUUGAGACAGGCUCAAGACAAGUGUAGGACUACUACUACUACAACGACUACUACAACCACCACAACCACAACAGAUCCUAUCACUGGUUGCGAACUAGACCUUGUUCUUGUCCUCGACUUCUCUACAACCACUGACCCAGUGUAUAAUUCGUACAAAGAUCUCAGCAAGCGAUUGGUGUCUCAGUUAAAGAUUGGACCUCAUUAUACACAGGUCGCCGCGGUCACAUUCGCCACUGUCGGACGGACGAGAGUACGUUUCAAUCUGAAAAAGUAUCAGACGCAGGAAGAAGUUCUCAGAGGAAUUGAUAACUUGAAAUCGAGAGGUGGAACUACUGCUAUUGGUGCCGGAAUCGAGAAAGCCCUGACACAACUCGACGAGUCCGAGGGUGCCCGACCCGGAAUUGCAACAAAAGUGAUGGUUGUAUUCACCGAUGGAUGGAGUAAUAAGGGUCCUGAUCCGGAAAAAAGAGCCCGAGAUGCAGUGAGCUCUGGUUUUGAGAUGUAUACAGUGGCUUAUACGGCCCACACUCCUGGAGCAGUAACCCUAAACAACGAAACAUUGUCGGCUAUCUCUGGUGACGUCCAUCACACUUUUACAGACGUCACAUUCCAAGCUCUUAUCGACAAAAUCAAGCAACGAAAUCUGCCUUGCAUGCCAUAAUUUUUUUGGGCAAAAAAGAUUUUGUAAAUAUGUGUAAACUUAAUUUUGUAAAAUUGUACACACAGAGAAAAUGAUGAUUCGUUCGAAAACUCAGGAUUUUGCAUGAUUUAUAUAUAUAUUUCAAUUGUGUAAUCUCUUUCUUUAUAUGAAAAAUCUGAACAUUUUUCUACCUCAAUAAAUGUAUAUAUUUAAGAAAAA